UGGUGGUGCUCUGCGGGACAGCCUACCCGCCGCUGACCUGUGACCGGUCAGCGCCCGGGGCGAUGGGUGGGCCGACUGAAGCGCCGGCGUUUCACAGUGCCAGACCGACUGCCGAGCGGUCGGGUCGGAUCCACUGAGGGACAGCGGAGGCGAUCUGAGAGUUACACAAACUGCUGACAGGAUCAUAAGCAAAAUGCCUUCCUGUCGGCUUCUGUGGAUCAUUGCCGCGUGCCUCCUUGCUGGCGCAUCGGGAUUUAACUUAGCUGAAACGAAAUGGACUAUGGAAGAACUGCCGCCGCUGGAAACCAAGCGUGAUGUCGACAGUUACCUGAACUUCGUUGAGCAAAAGUUCCGAGUGGAUAUGAGCAAGUCGUUUAUGAAGGAGUAUACAAAAAGGAGCGCUGAAGCAGGCGUUUUGCAGACCCAAAUCGAGGGUCUGGGCAGCCCGCGUGUCCUCACUGGUGUGGAUGUUAGCGCCAGCGACUUCUUCACGCUCGAUGGCAGGAACUAUGCGGUCAUCUCGGAACAAACCCUGAACGGUUCGUACAUCGCGCUGGUGAGCCGGUCCGAGGACGGCACCCUGCUGCUGCGGCGGCAGGCCAACUUUUCCGUCAGCAGCUUCGUCGACCACCAGUACAGCGCCGCCUUCCAGGCCAGCCUGCAGAGCACAGUCAUCAGGCUCAAGGCUCACGUUUACAACGGCACGGUAUUUAUCAUGACGGAGCUGGCAGACGGGCGGACCCUGCUGUUUCUCGUCUCCGACCCGCGCCGCUCCUGGCUGCCCAAGUACCAGGACUCUGUGCUCAGUCCCAAUGAGGUCGCCUCAGAUUUCCUGUUCUUCGAGCAGACCAACAAACUGCAUGUGAUAGUGACCGUCAGUCAUCAACGAAUCAGCGGCGUCCUGGUGCCCGCGAGGAGGUCCUACAUCUACCAGCUGGCGCACGGCGUCAAGUGGCUGCAGACGCACGCCGUGUCCACGCCCGGCGGAGCCUCGUCAGUCACCACGUACACGGUCAAACGCUGGACCUACAUCGCCAUCGGACAAACCGACGCUCACAGUCUGCUGUAUCGUCUCCACUGGGACACAGGCUCCCUGGAGCUGUUCCAGUACUUCUCCACCCGUCACGCCAUCGCUGUGGAGGCGUUCACCCAUCACACGCAGACCUACGUGCUCGCCGUCAACCGACUGGGAAACGCCACGGUCUUCUGGUGGACAUCGGACCAGCUGUUUGAGUGGCAGAGUAUCGGCAGCGGCGGCGAUAAUGCCCUGGAACAGGUCCAGUUCGGUCAUGUCGGUACCUUCUACAAUGGAGAGAGCUACAUCUACCUCGUCAGCGGGAAUCGAAUCUCGUUCUUCACGACGUUCAGCUCCCAGACGGGUAACUUCGCGCUGGUGACGACGCACGCGCUGCCGGCUACGACCAGUGUGCGGCAUGUUCAGACUACGCUGGUGGGCCGGGACGGCUACUACCUGCUGGUGUCGACCGGGACGGGCCAGUCGGCCGAGUGGAACCAGUUUCCGCUGAUUGUCAGAGAGGCGGCAGGCGGUCGCCGCUCGGCUACAUCGCAGUCUGCCAGCUCGGACGCGCUGCUCUACUGUCUGGAAGAGGCGGACAAGCAGCUGACCUCGCUGGAGCACCAGCUGGACAAGCUGCUGCAGCUGGCUGAGUCAGUGUUCGUCUGGGAUGAGGACCGUAACAUCACCGGGAACGUCACCGUCACACAGACGCUGACCGUCAGCGGGGCGGCUGAUGUGGCGGAGCUUCAAAUCGUCUCUCACGACCCCACUAGCAGCAGCGAUGCCGGCCCAGUCGACAUCAGUAACGUUCACAGUCAAAUCGAGCGGGGCGAAACUUCACUCAGGGAGCUGAACGCUAGUCUUCAGAACGCAUUGACCGCCUCAGGAAAACAAAUUAUUACGGGUCACUACGCCUUCACGAAUUUGGUGGUCCACGGCAGCCUUUUCGUCAACGAGGCAUCACACAUCGAAACUUUGAACGGGGAAUCGUUCCAGCGCCUGAUGCGAUCGACACUGACCUAUACGGGCCACCAGAUGCUCCACCAGCCUAUCACCAUAGGGUCGGGCUCGGUCAACAGCCUGACUUUGGAUAACGGAGCGACGGUUAACGGCCUGGGGGUCUCAGACCUGAUGUACAUCAGCGGACCGCAGACCGUCUCCGGACGCCACCAGUACCAUCAGGUGGGCGUCAACGGCCACCUCUGGCUCACCGGCACGCUGAACGGCCUGAACCUGACGUCAGUGGUGCUGCAGGGUCAGACCCUCACCGUGCCCGCCGUCCACCUCACCCAGGCCAGCGUCGAGGAGCUGACUGUGACCAAAGUCAAUCAGAGGGACCUGUCGGCGUGGCAGCGGGAAGCGAUCGCCUUGGACCGCUCUCACACUCUGUCCGGUCACGUGAUCGGCGGGUCGGUAGUCUUCUCUGACCUGCGAGUGACGCGGCUCAACGGCCGUCACCUGGACGCCUUCCUCCGAACUCUCUGGAGGUCGCCCAAUGAUGAAGUCGCCGGGACCACCACGCUGCUGAGCCCGGUAUUCGUCCGUGACCUGACCGCCGGCCGGGUGAACGGAGUGGCGCUGACCUCUGACCUGCUGACCACGGACACGUCGCAGACGGUGACCUCCCACCUGCGGGUGGACUCGCUACAGGCCACGCUGAACGUGCUGACCGACUGGGUGAACGGCCUCGACCUCAGCGGAGAGGUGGUGCGCACCACGGGAUACCCCGGACACGUCAACGGUUCUGUGGUAAUCGCCAGCGACCUGGCGGUGACCGGUGACGUCAUUGUCGCCGAUGACGUCACGGUGAACGACGUGGACAUUUCGGUGGUGUCAGCGAUCGCGACCGGCGCCCGGCGCACGCUGCACUUUACACACAGCGUACUGCUGAGUGGCGACUGGUCGGUGACGGGUGCAGUCACCGUGCUGUCAGUGAACGGAUACCGGCUGGACCGACUGGGGGAGGUGUUCUGGACCAGAGAUGGGGACCAGACCAUCGAAGUGCCGGUCACCAUCGCCAACAAGCUCUCCAUCAAGCACAACCUCACCGUCGGCACCAUCAACGGCGCAUCCACGGACUCCUUCAUCGACAUCCAGCGCGGCGGCACCCUCUACAACGACGUCAUCUUCUUGGGUAACAUCACGGUCAGCGAGGUCACGCUGCCGGCGGGCGGCAGGCUGAACGGCCGGGACCUAUCCGAGUUCGCGGCGACUGUGGUGACCAGUGGUGGUGAUCAGCUGAUCAGCGGACAGAAGGUGUUCUCCGGAGCCGUGAGGACGGCCGCGCUGAUGGUGAGGGAGCUGAACGGACUGCGGCUGCCAGAUGAUGUCAUCAUGGUCGACCGAGACGCCAUACAGGCCGGCUCUCUGACGUUCCUCUCGGACCUGGAGGUGGUCAGCAACGUCUCCUCCUCCGGCGACGUGGACGUGCUGGGACUCGUCAACGGCUACCGCGUGUCUGACAUCCUGGCCAACAUCUCCAACGUCUGGGUGAACCGCACCACCAACCAUGUGCUUAUCAUCGAGGGCAACGUACACUUCUACGACGUCCACAUUCUGGAGGAGCUAAACCAGGGCGGCGUGCUGGAGCUGCUGGAGGGCCUGCUGUACACGGAGAGGGACACCCUGGUGCCCGGAGAGUUCACCGUUCAGGGCGACGUCACCUUCAACUCCCAGCUGAACGUGCAUACGGUCAAGGGGAGACCCUGGACUGCGUAUUUAUCAUCGCUGAUUUUAUCUGACGUGGGCGGCACGGUCUCCGGCGUCACCCGCCUGACCUCACUGAUGUCAGUGACCUCCCCGGGUGACAUCCUGGUCACCACACUGAACGGUUAUACGGUGCAGCAGCUGUACAGCCGGUACCUGACGCUGCACACCCACCAGCUCAUCAGGCAGAAGGUCAUCGUUCAGGGGACUGUUGACGCCGAUGUUCUGAAGGUGAACCGGGUGAACGGUGUUCCGGUGAACCAGCUGAUGUUCACCGAUCGAGACAUUCACUUCUACCAGAGCGUCCACUUUUUCUCCGACGUGGCGGCCAACGAGCUGAGUGUCUACGGUGGCACCAUCGGAGACUGCAACCUCACCAAGCUCUGGGAGGAGGGAUUGAGGAAGACCAAUGCAUCCCACACACUAAACCUCUCUGCAUCCAUCGGCUCACUUAUAGUGAAAGGUGACGUCAUACUUAGCCAGGGUGACGUCAUGGGAGAGCUGGUGACGCUGCUUGAUCGCAUCGUGACAAAGACGGGAAACCACACCAUCACGGGCGAGGUGACGUUCCAGCAGCCCCUGGUGCUGACGGAAGCCGAGGUGGUCAGCUACAACGGUAACAACCUGGUGGAACUGUGUGAGGACGCCCUCACCACCGACCUCAAGACGGUGAACCUGAGUCACCCUCUGCGGCUGCUCGGACCGGUGACGUUCCGCGAUGACGUCACUGUCACCGGUGACGUCACGGUUACGUCACUGAACGGGGAGAGUGUGGACCAGUGGCUGGCCUCUCUGGUACUGAGGGAUAGCCAGGAGGUCACUCUGAGCGGGCCGCUGAGGAUCCAGCAGGCGGCUGUGGCCGGACACGUGCUGGCGACCGGCCCCAUCAACGGCCAGCCUCAGUCUCCGUGGGUGGAGCGGGGUGACGACAUUACCGCCAGCAAGCUGUACUUCGACCAGGGACUUCUCAUCAUCGACGAGCUGGAUGUUGCCGGCCUGGUGGACGGCGUGAACGUCACUGACGUCCUGGAGACGGCCGUGGACCUGACGUCCAACGUCACCGUCACGGCAGACGUCACCUUCGCCGGCGACGUCACCGUUUGGAUGCACCUGAACACGCCCGCCAUCAACGACCUGCGCGUGCCCGAGGACGUGCUCGUCAGCUACUGGCUGGAUGGCAUGCAGACCAUCUCCGGCGCCAAACACUUUGACACGCUGGUCGUCGAGGGUGACCUGUGCGGCGCGGUGAACGGGGCGGAGCUGCCCGAGCUCUGCCGACAGCUGCUCAGCUCUGAUCCCACCGCCGUGCAGGUGGUGACGCAGAAACUGGCGUUCCGAUUCCCCCCGGCCAACAUCGAGGAGCCGGUCAGCGGUCUGGCCGACAAUCUGACGGCCGUCACCGCCCUGCUGAGGGAGAGGAAGGGAGAGGUGGCCGUCUGGACAGAGCGGCUGAGGGAGGAGGCCGUGAGGAUCAGAAACAGCGCCGCCGCCCUACUUCAGACGCCAGACUACAGUGUCGACCUCGCCUACCUGCUGGAGGUGCAGCGUCUGCCGAUGCCGCACGCUGUCUCUGUCAGCUCGUCAGGUCGUGACCUGAGGUCGCUGGACGUCCUGCUCCGCUCCCGGGACCGGUGUGACCUGCCCACCGGCUGCCUGUGCCGCUCCACCCACACACUGCAGGUUCAGGGUGACGGCCUGCUGAGUUUCCCGGGCUCUGUCCUCCCUGUUCAGUCGUGGACAUUCCACGUCCGGGAGCUGGAUGAAGUGGUCGCUGUGACCGCUCACACCGAGGGAGACAAUCCACAGUGCCGCUCUCCAAGCCCGUCCCGUGUCUCGGUGACCAGUCGGCCGGCCGGUGACCCCUCGGCCCCUCCCCGUGACCUGUCUUUGGCUGCCACACCUCCCGGUCACCUUAGUGACGUUCAGCUGUUCAGCUUCGACGGGAAACUCUACAUGGUGCUGGCGUACGGCUUCGCUGCAGAGGGUGUCACUCUCAGCCAUCCGGACACUGAGGUGCUGGAACUGGAGGGAUACCACUGGCGGACUGUGCAGAGGCUACCGGCCUUCGGGGCGUACCGCCUCGACCUGACGCUGGCCGGCGGAGUGCCGCAUCUGCUGGUCGUCAACAGACAUAGUCGUGAGCCGUUGUCACUCCAGGGAGAAGUCCAGCUCUGGGUCUGGAAUAAAGAACUGUAUCAGUUCUCGGAGCUGCGGGCACUCUUCCACGCCGACAUCCAGGCGGUGGCCUUCCUGCACGCCCACGAGAAGGUGUUUGUAGUCAUCGCCGACCUGGACGGCCUCACGGUGCUGGAGUACUCUGUCGAGGACAAUCAGUAUGUCGUGUGUCAGUACCUGGCCGAGCCGGGCAUCUCGGCCGUCACGUCAUUUAUAGUGGGCGCCGAGAGCUACUUGACGGUGUUCUCCACGAAGCUGAACGAGCUGGUCGUCUAUCUGGUCACACAUCAGGAGGGUCUGCGGCGCCACUGCUGGUACCCGGCCGCCGCUGUGCGCAGUCUGGCAAUGUACAGCAGCGGACAGCACCUCCUGCUGGCCGCCGUCCACCGACAGGGUCUGGUGGUGUACCGAGUGGUGGUCAGGGGUCGGCUGAGCCUGGUCACCACAUCGGCCGCCCGCCUGCCGCCGCCCACUAGUUGAAGAACCGUCACUAGCGGCUCCGUUGCCCGCUGACACGGUUGGAGCACAGGAAUCGCUGGCUAUUCCCGCCCCACUCGGCUGACUAUGUUGUCCCUGCUCAACUCUGCUGAGCUGAUCUCGCUUGUACUGACUUCUGCCAACAUUAGAGUCGGCUCGCUCGUUGUCAAAAUCAGUUGUUAUAUGACCGAUGUGCUUCCAAAGUUCCUUGUUGAUCUCAUUUAGAGUGUAUGGCCUUGAUAUCAUCUUUUGUGGAACCGUGAUAUACUGUUGUUGGGUGCAAUGAGGCUCAUAUUGUCGCAAUUUGUAGUUGGAUACCUCACAUCGGGAUCUCGCAAUAUACGGCAUUUGUGACUCAGGAGAGAUGGGUGACCAGUUUUGCUGUUAUCAAUUUGCCACUGACUAGGUGAAAGAGAGGAAUGCUGUUUGCGUCUCCCGACAUGGCAAUGCAGUUAGACUAAACAUUACAGACAAGUUUCCUUGUUAUUAUUGAUGUAUUAUUACUUGAAUAUAUGCGCAAUGUUCCUA